AUGACGAUCAGCAGGAUUGAACCACAUCUCGGUCUAGUGCAAGACUGUAUUGGUCCUCGUGUUCAGAAGGAGUAUUCCCACGGUGGGCCUGUUGAGAAUUUAUUUGAGGUUUCAGUCAACCAAAAUGAGCCAACUCAUGUGUUGAGAAUCGGAAGCAAUCUCAGCCCUCAGCUUGCAAAUGAUUUAACAAGCUUCCUCAGACAGAGUAUAGGUGUUUUUGUGUGGAAUCAUGAUGACAUGGUCAAGAUCAGCCCAAAUGUUAUAUGGAGUUGGAAUAUUAAAGGCCUUAACGGCUUCUCGAAACAACGCGCUGUGCGGAAUUGGAUUUCUGACUCUUCUUUGGGUUUGAUUGGUUUGUUGGAGACUAAGGUUGAGCAGUCUCAUUUACAGUCGGUGGUCUCGUCUGUUUGUCCUUCGUGGCAGUUUUUAUCGAAUGCGACAGAUUCUAUUGCUUGCCGUGUUCUGGUAUGUUGGGACUCUUCUCUUUACUCUGUGCAUAGUCUUCAUUGCUCUCUUCAGGAGAUUACUUGCAGGGUUACUCAUGUUUCUGAGGGGUUCUCAUUUGGGAUUACUUUUGUGUAUGGUUCUAAUGACCCUGGGAAUCGCCGCAAUCUGUGGGAUUUCCUUAGGGAUCAGUCGGCAGUGUUUGAUUCAGAGGGGCUCCCGUGGCUUGUGUUGGGUGAUUUUAAUGCCAUCUUGGGAGCUUCUGACAGAGUGGGUGGUGAUCCUGAGUGGUAUGGUUAUAUGGAUGAUUUUGGCCAAUGUAUCCAUGAUGCUGAGUUGAUUGGGGUUCCUUUUACUGGGCUUCGGUAUACUUGGCAUAACGGUCAACAGGGCGAUGGGUUUAUUUUACGAAAGCUCGAUUGGGUCUUUGCAUCACUUUCUUGGUUCCUUGAUCGACCAAGCACAGUUUCAGAGUUCCGACCUCGAGAUGUUUCAGAUCACAGCUCUAUUAUCGUCCGGUUUGGUCCCCGCCGUGGCAAGGUACCAUCCCCUUUUAAAUUUCUAAAUUUUUGGGCUGAUCAUGCAAGUUUUAGGGAUAUUGUUCAGGCAGUCUGGGACGAGCCUCUUGUGGGCAAUCCUAUGUUCCGUCUUACGCAGAAAUUGGGGCUAGUGAAACGGAAGCUAAAAGCUUUACAUAUUCGGGCUUCCAGUCAUAUCUCCAGCAGGGUACUUGAGGCUCGGGCUCGGUGGGCAGCAGCCCAGGGAAAUUUGGAUCGGGACCCCUUUUCUACUGAGUGUAUCUCUGAGGAGAGGAACCUUGCCAACCAGUAUUUCAGUCUUUGUCGAGAUGAGGAGGCUUUCUUUAAGCAGCGGUCUCGUGUUCAGUGGUUGAACUUAGGGGAUCAGAAUACUAAGUUCUUUCAUAAGUCGUUGAUCCAUAGGCAGGUUCGGAACCGCAUCCACGGUUUGACUGAUGGGCAUGGUACACAUAUUACUGACAGUCAGGGAUUAGGGCGUUUGGCGGUGGGUUUUUUUCAGGAUCUUCUUACUGCCCCUAGUCGCCCUCAGAUUGCAGAGGCUUCCAGGUAUUUUUCUGGCCGCAUUUCUCCUGAUAUGAUUUCUCCAUUGACUGCUCCUAUCACUGAUGAUGAGAUUAGGAUUGCUUUAUUCUCUAUCCCGGAUGAUAAAUCCCCCGGCCCAGAUGGAUUCACAUCUUUGUUUUUUAAGCGGGCAUGGGAUAUUAUUGGUACAGAUUUCAGGGAUGCAGUGAGACAUUUUUUUGCUACUAAUGAAAUGCCAAGAUGUGUUAAUGCCACCAGGAUUGCUUUGGUUCCCAAGGUGGAGAGCCCAAGUCGUAUGACAGACUUUAGGCCGAUAUCUUGUUGUAAUGUACUUUACAAGUGCAUUUCUAAGGUGAUUAUGAAUCGGUUUAAAGUUGUGCUUCCGAAUAUUAUUGGGGUUUCCCAGUCAGCUUUUGUCUUGGGUCGAAGGAUUUCUGAUAAUAUUUUGCUGACUCAGGAGCUUUUGCGGAAUUAUCAUCUUGGGGAUGCUUCCUCUGUUAGCUUGAUCAAAUUGGCCUUGGAUUAUUUUGCUAAGGUUUCUGGAUUAGUGACUAAUGCAGAGAAGAGCCAGUUGUUUCUUUCUGGAGUUACAGAUGAGGAGCAUAUUGGGUUACAGUCUAUCAUGGGUUUCCAGUUGGGCCAGUUACCGGUAAGAUAUCUAGGGGUUCCUCUAAUCUCUACCCGCCUUCGACAUUCUGAUUGUAGGCCUCUGUUGGAGCGAAUUCUCUCUCGGAUUAGGCUAUGGACGUCGGCAUCUUUGACCUAUGCAGGCCGACUACAGUUGAUUAAGUCUGUACUUUUCUCCAUACAGGUUUAUUGGUCCUCCAUGUUUCUUUUGCCGGCAGCUACAGUUAGACGGAUUGAGAGUAUUUUGGCUUCGUUUCUUUGGAAGGGUACUUCUUUGUCCCCUUCUGGUGCUAAGGUUGCAUGGUCUUCUGUUUGCUAUCCAUUGACGGAGGGUGGCCUGGGGAUUAAGAGGAUCCAAGAUUGGAAUAGGGCGGCUAUUCUCAAAUACGUUUGGAGGCUACUUACUGAUAGAUCUUCUAUAUGGUCUUCUUGGGCCUGUUUGGUUCUCCUCCGUGGUUGGUCCUUUUGGCAUAUCCGAGUUACUUCUGGGGCUUCAUGGGCUUGGAGGAAGAUUUUACUUGGCAGGGUUUGGUGCCGGGGUCUUAUUAUGAUUUGUAUUGGAGAUGGUAGGGACACCACGUUAUGGCGAGAUCACUGGCUUCUGCAGGGUCCUCUGUGUGACUUGCUCCCUUUUAAAACCUUGACUUUCACUGGUUUGCCAUGGGAUGCUCGGGUUUCAGACAUUAUUCGGGAUGGUUUGUGGGACUUUCCUUCGGGCAGUGUAGACCUUCAGCAUAUCUGGGACUCUAUUACAGUGCAGCCUUUAGCGAGUCAUCCUGAUCAUCUUGUGUAG